AUGGCCUGUUUGGGCUCUAAAUCUAGACUUGGCCAUACAAAAUAUACUAUAUCAAUAGCCAGUUAUGCAGAAGAUUAUCAUGAGUUGCUGUCAUUAGAUUGUGACGCAAUCUUGUUGAAUAUUUUACUAUUUAUUGGCCCUUCUUACACGUAUCGUGUCUUUUUAUUUCGUCUAUUGUAUCUAUAUUACCAGAAAGUAACCCAAGAUCUGCCACUGAAAAAAAGCCAGAAGCAAGGUUUUUUGAUCUAUCCUCCAAAGGUAUUGAGCCAUGCCAUGCCUUCCCAGGCAAAGCUUGUAGCGGAAUUGGCACAACUCCAAACAUAUAUUUUAAUUGCACGACUUUUAUUUGCUUUGGUGCAAACUACUCAGGCAAACAUGGCUUCAUCAGCACCUCUUGUUAUACUUGAACAAAUUGUCAACCAAAUCUCAUGGAGAGACAAAAUGACAUGUCUAUUGGUGUGCAAAGGUUGGAGAUCGUCUCUACUGUCUCUAUUUGAUACGCAUGUGGAUAUAAAAAGUGUAGAAAAGUGGAAGAUCUUCUACACAUCUUGCUGUGAUACUCUUCAAGACGACUAUCCAAUCGGACAAAGUAUAAGAUCUAUUGCUAUUCGUUGUAUCGUGCCAAAUGAAGAGCUUUUUCACAUCUUGAAAUUGUGCCCACGUCUGCAGUCUCUACUAAUAAAUCCAUCUGAACCAUUACAUAUCAUACUUUCUGAAGAUAGACUGUCUCUAAAUCCGAACCCUAUACUACCUACUCUCAAAACUCUUUACAUACGUACAGAAAUCAAAUUCUUGGACAAUCAGGAUCUUGAAUUGAUUCAGCGACAAUGUCCUUGUCUUCGUGCAUUAACUUUUGUUGCUCCACGCAUGUAUUUCGACCCUAUUUCACAAACAAAUUCACUCGAAUCAGUCAAGAAGUACGACUCGGUCGAAUAUCUGCGUUUCAUUAUCGAGGAAGACACAAUGGAAGAUGUGGCCCAGUGGCUGAAGUAUAUUGGUCACAAAUAUCCAUCAAUUAGAACACUUGGUAUCGAGAAUAGUUCUUGUGCUGACCAUCGUAGUUACCCUGAAGGGUGUGAAGAAGCUGCGGAAUUAUUAUUCCAGCAAUGUCGCCUCUUGACAACUCUAGAGCUCAAGAAUAUCAACUGGGGAGACAUAAUGACGCGACAGAUGGAUAGAUCCAAAAGCGGAAUCAGGUCUAUAAAACUUGAUCAUCGUGACCCAGCAAUGGCGAUGAUUAACGCCGGCAGCCUCAUGUCCUGUCAAUUUCGCAAUCUGUCGACCGUCUCACUCUCUAUUCCGUUCAGAGCUUACAGUCAUGACGGUGCUCACUGGUGUUUUCGUGAACUCAAGCUAUCACAUCUGAGCCUAAAGGGAUACCGAGAGACAAGUACAGACAGAAUACCUGAUAUUUCUUUGAGCGACAUGCCAAAACUAGAGAGUCUGACAAUAGAGGAUGCGAUGCUGGUAGACCGUAGCUUCAUACACGAUGAUUAUGCAGAAAACUCUAUAAAGAAACUGACGCUACGAAACUUGGUGUUUGAGCGUCUUGCGCUGGAAAGUCUAUCGAGAUUGGCUCAAGGUUUAACGCAUCUGACGAUGGAUCGAUGCCAGCUUCUCCCAGAAACAGGAGAAUAUGAAGACGACAGUGAUGAUUAUGUGUGGGAUAAUGGACAGAUAAAGGUCGACCUGAGAUCUCAGUCUCUUUUCUCAAUCGACAUUCGGAACCUGUCAUCUUGGUACAGUCCAACCAAGAGAUAUGCAAAACAAGCCGAGAAUACUACGAUAUUUCAAAUUAUUCAAAUGUCCAAGCAAGCGGCUAAUUCGGCAUCCUUAUUCCGGAUUAGAGCAGAUGGGCCGUGGUACCAGAAAAGAAAUAAGAGAUAUGUGUGCUUGAAUGAAGAUGAAGUUUGUGCAGUAAAAGAUAGAUUGAUUCCGCCAAGACGUCGCCGGCCUGCGGCAGACCCUGAAUUUGAUUAUCUAAAUGAUAUUCAAAAAGGAUUUAUUACUAUUUAUUGUAAGUCAGUCUAUUAUCUUUAUAUUGACAGCCAGUGGAUACUUUAG